AUGACAGAGCUUGCGAAGGAAGCGUUCGCCUCUCGUAACUACAGGCUCGCCGUAGAAAUGUACGAACGGAGCUUGAAACAGCAAAGUCCAAGCUUCGAAAUGCUAGUAGGAUACGGGGAUUCUCUGGUGAAGUGCGGUAGAAUUAGAGAGUCUAUUGGUGUUUACUCGAGGUGUUUGGCCGUGGGUUCCGUUCCGCCAGACCGAUUGAAACACCUGACCAAUGCCCUCCUAGAGGAACUGGCGGGCUUCGCCAUCACGACUGCCGCCAAUUCCAGGCGGAAAAUCGAGACGUCCUUCGCGUGUCCUUUCUGCGAGGGAACCCUGUGCCAACCAGUGACCGCCAACUGCGGUCAUACCUACUGCAAGAACUGCGCGGAACCGGGCAAGAACUGUCGCGUGUGCGGACAAAAGAUCGUCGGUACGGGUGAAACCAAUGUGCUUGUGCAGAGGCUUGUGGAAAAGUGGUGGCCACGGGAAGCGGAAGCGAGUAGAGUGAGACACGAGGGUGACAUUUUGAUGAAAGAGGGACACCUGGGUCAAGCUCUCGAGAGGUACAACCUAGCAGUUCAUCUUGCGCCAAACAGCCCACUCCAUCUUAGCAACAGGGCUCACGUAUUGCUUCUACUGAAUAGGCCUCAAGCAUCCCUCACGGAUGCUGAUCAUGCGGUUAGGCUGAGACCAGACUGGGGCAAGGGUCAUUACAGAAGAGGGGUGGCUCUGUCCGCGCUGGGUAGACACGAAGAAGCGUUGUUUGCCCUUUGCAUCAGCGUGGCCAUUGACAAGAAUUCUCCAGCUGUGCGUCAGGAAUUGAUUAAGGUGCUGUACAAAGUGAUGUCGGUCAGUCAACGUUGUUACAAUGUGCCAUCUCGAGCCCCUUAUAAUCUGACGGAGGGCGCGUCGCGUAUGAGGAGUCGGCAUCAGCUGAUGAAUCCGAAAAGGAAUCGCCGGGCGGUCCUGAACGGUUCGGACUGCGAGGACAAUAGUAGUGGCGGCGAGGAAGAAUUUACACAGACUAUCAGCAGGAGACUCCUGUCGACCGCAGUGCCACAAAACAAUACCAAGCUGCAGGCCGGCUUGGAUCGAGUAUAUCAAGAUAUAGAAAAAUUGAAAAGGCUUGAAGCGAGACCCGCGGAGAUUCUGUUGCCGCCUCUUUCUGGUGGUACAGCUGGUGAGUUGGACUGUAUCCUGUGCUGUCGACUCCUAUGGAAACCCGUAACGACGCCGUGCGGCCACACGUAUUGCUGGAUGUGUCUGGACCGAUGCUUGGACUAUUCCUCCUCUUGUCCUUUGUGUGUCACGUCUCUCGCCGAUUACUUGGCCAGUAGCCAGAAGACGGUAACGGACUUUGUGGAGAGGGCUUUGAAGACCGUGGCACCGGCGGAAUAUGCCUCGAGGUCGGCCAGCCACCGAUUAGAACUCGCACAGGGUCUCGGUCUUCUGGACAGUGAACAGAUCGCGGUGUUCGUCUGUACCACAGCAUUCCCUUAUGUCGCGUGUCCCCUCUUUGUCUACGAGCCCAGAUACAGGCUGAUGGUCAGAAGAUGCGUCGAGAGCGGUGUUCGUCAAUUCGGGAUCGCGGCGUGUCUGAACAGGGAGGCUACGGGAACGAAGAGAUACGCGGAAUAUGGCACCAUGCUCGAGAUUCGGGACAGAGUCCUGUUGAAAGACGGUUGCAGUAUUCUCAGUACAGUCGGGGGAAGGAGAUUUAGGGUGAUCUCUGGGGGCGAAAGGGAUGGCUACGAUACCGCUCAAGUGGAAUUCCUCAGGGACACGAUGGUACAGGAGGACCAACUGUUGAGCCUCUUAGAAUUGCACGACAAGGUACGAGCGAAGGGCAGGAGAUGGUGGGAAACGGUGCCAUCGUCACAACAAUCGGAGAUCCAGCGGGUGUUCGGUUGCAUGCCAGACACCGAGGAGGAUUGGCCUCGUCUAGCCGACGGUCCCUCGUGGACGUGGUGGCUGUUGGCGAUUCUACCGUUGGGACCUCAGCUCCAAGUGGGUAUUCUCGGCACGACGAGUCUGGAGAAGAGACUGAGGGCCAUCGAGAAGACCCUCGAUCACAUGGAGCAAAGACAGUUGACGGUCGCACCGGCGCCGUCGGAAGAGACGCCCACUUCCGCCAGCAUAUGCCGCGACGGCGGUGGCAUCACGGAGACGACGGUCUCCGUUGUGCAGCAGUCUUAA